AUGGUGAGUGGAGGAAGGCUCCUCCUCCUUUACUUGCUAGUGCCUGCCGACACCAGCCGAUCGGUGGGUCACUCCUGUGAGGGCGACUCAUGUGAGCCCUCUGCCAUGAUGCAGCUCUUCAGCAAUGCCAUGUACUCGGCGGAUGAGUCCUGCAAUGCCACCGGUGCGAAUCCCUUCAGAGUGGGACAGGGCAACGGCAUGAAUUGCAAUGGAUAUACCUUGAAUGGCCAAUGCUCAUGUCUCAACACCGAGGACAAUCAGGUGGACUACGCUGGAUGUUGGUUCGGGGACGCCAAUGGUUCCUCGACUUGCCCCUACGCCGAGGGAGUGCAAGCGACCACGUGCCGCUUCGAGGGAGUGCAGUUUGAGUCUCAGGACCGGAACCAGAUUUGCUUCGUGACGCCUCCGAACACGAAGAUCCUGGGGGCCUGUGUGAAGAGCGGAACGCCGGAGGAUGAAGGCUGUAUCGGAGGGACCUUUUGUUACACCCAGAGCUGCCGGACCUCUACAGAUGGCUUGCAGCAGUGCAGCGACACAGAUACCUGUCGACAGGAUGUGACGAUCUUUUGCAUCUCGCGUCCCACCGGUGGCUGUGGCAUCGACAACUACAACCUGCGGAUGGAGUGUUGCACGGCCCCGGAGCCAGAGCCCACCACCACGACGACUUCGGGUGGCGGACAUGGCGAUCCUCACAUUGAGACCUUGAGAGGAGCACAUUACACGAUGGCGAACGAUGGAACCUUCUUGGCCUUCAACUUCAGCAAGAAGACGAAAUUCCGCUCAGCGCACGGCCUGCAGAAAGCCCCAAUCACAUGGCAGCUCUUUGCACGAUAUGCUGGCAAGAAUUUCCUGACACAUGCGCUUCUGCUGCGAGACCACUCGAACCAUACGAGCCGUCAAGCCUUGGAGUUGACCACUGAGACCUGCGAUUGGCACCAGCAGCCGGGCGCCAAACACCGCUGGGAGGCGACGCAGUCCGAGGGAAGUCUCUUCGUGCCUGGAAGCGAGGCGUUCCUCAGCGGCUUCAAGAUCACGGAGCUCAAGAAGCCAGCUGGGAGCCGACCCAAGUUCUUCUCAAGAAUCAAUUUGCUGAUGAACACGGAGGAAGGCGCCAAGAAAGUGGCUGAGCUUCAGGUGACCUGUCGGCUCAAGAGGCAUUUGGACUACAAGAUCAUCAUGUUCCGCGAUGCAGACUUUGCGGGAGGAGAACUGGGGCAGAUUGAGAAGGAAGAGAAGGAACCCGAAAAGGAGAAGAAGCUUUUGCUCCUGUCCCGCUCGAACUUGUGGCUGAAGAUGAGGACCGAUGCGGAGUUCCAGUCGUUGGACGAUUGGCGUUUGCUGGGUGGCAGUCGAGAGGCCUCCGAGUAUUUGGACGCCGUGGAACAGGCCGCCAAGGAUCAACCCGAGAAGGGUUGUAUGGAAGACGGGGAACAAGAUGCCUUGAAGCUUUGUCGCAAGCACUUGCCAGAGACCUCAGAGGUAAAUCGCAUGGGGAAGAUGUUGCAUUGGUGUCACGUUUCCUUGAGCCUAUGCAGCUUUGAUUUAAAGAUCUAUGAGCGUAUUCCCACUUUGGAAUUAGGCAGUCAUGUUCAUCAGUUCUCUGCCAACCUCUAUGAUCUCCUUGUGAGCUAUCCGACCGAGGUGGUCCCCAUCUUCGACCGUGAGCUCUGGAAGAUCUCCACGGAAGUCUUGGAUACUGAGCCGGAACAAUUGGGCACCUGUCAGGCGCAGAUCUUUGGCUUGCUUGAUCGAGAUUGCAGGGUGAUGCGAUGCAUGAAUCCCACCGAUAUCGAGCGUCUCAUCACCGUGAAAGGCAUUGUCAUCCGCUGUUCAGAUUUGACUCCAGACAUGAACGCUGCAGUCUUUCGAUGUACCACGGAGGACUGCAAGCACGAGGUGAAGGUGAUUUUGAGCCACUGGACCAUCGACGAGCCCACCAAGUGUGAGCUCUGUGGAGCGAGCCAUUCCUUCCAAAUCAUUCACAAUGACUGCCAGUUCAGCGAUCGUCAAGUCUUGAAGUUGCAGGAGACCCCGGAGCUCGUUCCGGAUGGGGAAACACCUCAGAACGUGGCCGUGGUGGUCUUUGAUGAUCUGGUGAACCAGGUGCGGCCAGGCGAUCGAGUCCAGGUCACCGGCAUCUACCGCGCGGCGCCCGUCCAGAGGAUUCGAUCCUGGAGGAUGUGCAGUUCUGUUUACAGGACCUACGUCGAUGCGAUCGCUUUGGAGUACACCAAGCGUGUCGAGGCUCCGGCGAUGGACCACUUGGUGCUCAGCCAGGACACGGCCUUGCCCAAGCUCUCGGAAGAGCGUGAUUUGGAUCCCACCCAGCACUCCGAGGAGGAGAUCCAGUGGAACCGCCGCGUUC